AUGGCAGCCACGGAAGGUGUAGCUACAGGAUUCCAAGACCAACAACAGCCGAUGCCGCCGGCGAUGGCCGUCGAGAGGCUGAAUAUGGCGGUCCAACAGCAGCUUAAUCUCGAUUCCGUCAAGACUCGAGCCUUUAGCCUUUACAAAGCCAUUUCUCGAAUCCUCGAAGAGUUCGACGCCAUUGCACGAGCCAACGCCGUCCCCAAAUGGCAAGAUGUUAUGUCGCAAUUUUCUAUGGUGAAUUUGGAGCUAUUCAACAUUGUCGAAGACAUUAUGAACGUUUCCAAAGCUUUUGUCGUGCAUCCUCGGAAUGUUAAUGCUGAGAAUGCAACCAUUUUACCUGUUAUGUUGUCAUCCAAACUUUUGCCCAAAAUGGAAAUAGACAACACCAAGAGGGAACAGUUGUUUCAUGGAAUGCAGAACCUGCCAGUUUCAGCACAAAUUGAAAAGCUAAAAGCUAGAAUUGAUAUGAUUGGAGCAGCCUGUGAAAGUGCUGAGAAGGCCAUAGCCGAUACUCGUAAAGCCUACUUUGGCACUCGACAGGGGCCGACAAUUCUUCCAACUAUGGACAAGGUUCAAGCAUCAAAAAUACAAGAACAAGAAAAUUUGCUUCAGAGUGCUGUAAAUCAUGGUGAAGGGUUAAGGUUACCUGGAGACCAAAGCAGACAACAUCUACCCUUCCAGGGCAUUUGGUAG